GGCUCCAUCACUCGCUGGGCUAACGUAACCUCACUGUUUUCGGGGUUCAAGGUUCCAGAACAGCUAAGCAGAGAAAAUGGCUCUGCUAACGCCGCUACUCGCUUUCCUCUACCACCUGCCGCAGGUGUACAAAUGGCUGCUAAAGCCUUACUAUAUCGCUUCUCUCUUCAUGUCUAUCGCCUUCCUAGCCAUUCGCAAAACGCCCGGCGUCUGCGACCACCUGGCCACGGAACGAGAAGACGGCAACUCCUGCGACUUCGACUGGAGAGAGGUGGAGAUCCUCAUGUUCCUCAGUGCCAUCGUCAUGAUGAAGAACAGACGAGCGAUCACGGUGGAGCAGCACGUCGGCAACAUCAUCCUGUUCAGCAAAGUGGCCAACGUCAUCCUGUUCUUCAGACUGGACAUCAGGAUGGGUUUACUCUACCUGACACUUUGCAUAGUGUUUAUGAUGACCUGUAAGCCUCCUCUGUACAUGGGACCAGAGUACAUCAAAUACUUCAGCGACAAAACCAUUGAUGAUGAGCUGGAUAGAGACAGUCGUGUGACGUGGAUUGUCGAAUUUUUCGCCAACUGGUCUCCAGAGUGCCAGUCCUUUGCUUCUGUCUACGCUGACCUCUCCCUCAAGUAUAACUGCUCCGGUCUCAAGUUCGGCAAAGUGGACAUCGGACGCUACGGAGAGGUUUCUAAAAGGUACAGGGUUUCUACGUCCCCGCUGUCCAAACAGCUGCCAUCCUUGGUGUUAUUCCAGGGAGGAAAGGAGGUGAUGCGGCGCCCCCAGGUUGACAAGAAGGGCAGAGCCGUAUCCUGGAGCUUCACUGAGGAGAACAUCAUCCGCGAGUUUAACCUCAAUGAACUCUACCAGAAGUCCAAGAAGCUGAACAAGUCCAAAGGAGACAAGAUCAACCAAUCCCAGUUCCCCCCCGUCCCCGAGGAGGAGGAGCCUGAGCAGCCAGGAGUGGACGAAGAGGAGGAGACCGAAACCAAGAAGGACAAAUAAAGACGGUGUGUGUGUGUGUGUGUGUGUGUGUGUGUGUCUGUGUGUGUGUGUCGCUCAGCUUGGACCUCUGGAUGGAACUCGUGGGUUCAGGUCAGCUCCUCUUUAAAGUGUCCAGUUUGUUUCUAUCAGCAGGGGGGGGCUGUGUCAGUGUGGAUCAUCAUACCCCCCCCCCCAAAGAGAUCUCACUCUCCAAUGAGAAUGACUUCUUGUUAAAAUGACCACAAUAGGUCUUUCUCUGUGUUUCCAGCAGCGUGUCACUCUUUAACAGUAAGUGAACAGCAGAGCAGCUGUACACUGACCUCAGUCCUGCAGUAGAAGAACAAAGAGAGCGAGUGUACACUCUGUCAGAGCGAGCUGAGACCCAGUAAAGAGGGCUGAAUGUUCAAACCUGCUCCACUAUGUGAGUGUGAAGCCUGGAGGAAAUGUGCUGUGCAGAGUCUUCACAACACAUUUCUGCUGGUUAAAGCUGUGAAGGCCCCUCCCCCCACUGACCCACCGCCAGUCAGAUUAUUACUAAUUAACAAUGAGGGAGCAGUGAAUGUGAUGCUACUUGUUGUUUUUUCAUGUCGAUGUUUUUAUGCAACUAAUUUAAUCCAGAGUAGAUUUUUAAACUUGUUUUAACUGUAUAUUAUUAAUGAAUUAAUGUAAAGUAAGUGAACAGACAUUCAGUUGAUUAGCAGUGUUGAACAUUCAGGUUCACCACUGUUUCUCUUCACAUGAGAAAACAUAGUAUGGGAGCGCUUGAUUAGUAUCACUACAGCCGCAUGACGGGUGGAGUUUGUCAGGUUCCGCGUCCGUGUUGAUAGAACGUCAACUUUCUGUCAUUCACACAUUCCAUUAUUAUUAUUAUUAUUAUUAUUAUUAUUAUUAUCAUUAUUAUUAUUAUCAUUAUUAUUAUUAUUAUUUUAUUAUUAUUAUUUUUUUUACAGAUUCCUGCUCUCCUUUGUUUUGUUGGGUUUUUUGUCCAGUGUUUGCCUCUAACAGAGCUCAGCUCUUAGUUAACAUGUCAUGUUGCCUCCACUCAUGCUGUACAUUCAUUCAUUCAUUCAUUCAUGUUAACCUGUCACAUGUUUCCUGAUGUGGAAACAUCUGCAGGUUUUCUGCAAGCUGAGCAGUAUUUUAUUAUUUGGGUAUUUUGAAGCCUUGAUUAGUAGCAGACAGGAGAUAAAGAUAGAGAGAGAGUGAUGAGGAAUAACAAGCAGCACAGGUCCUCGUUCUGGUUCGCUGUCAGCGCCUUAACCUAAACCACCAGGGUGCCCUAGGGAACCAGUAUCUGAUUUGUUUCCAUUGAGUCUUUGAUUUCAGUUUCACUCACAGCUCCCAAAAUUGUCAUCAAGCCACCAAAUAAAGAAGUCAAGCAUGAAAUGAAUGUUGAUGAUUGUUAGGAGCCUUUUUUUAUUUCCUCUAACAGCGUUUGCAGCUGUUCACUAGAAGAAAUGAUCUGCAGUAAUUAUUGAUUACUUAUUAAUUUCAUACGUGAUCAUUUUCUAGAAGUUUCCUGGAUUACAUUUCAUUUGGUACUAAUUAUGAGAAAAUGUGAUUCUCCUUUUUUUAAAAGAAAAGCUUCAUUAAAUCCAGACUACUAUUCAUUAUUAUUAUACAC